AUGGUUGUUAGCUUGUAUGUAGAUGAUAUCUUGAUUUCAGGGAGUGACAAUGAUGCUAUUGAGUCAAUUGUUGCAGCACUUAACAACCACUUUGCACUUAAAGAUCUUGGUCCCCUUGCAUAUUUUCUUGGGAUCAAAGUGACCCAAACAGCAGCUAGUAUUCACUUGUCACAGGAAAAAUAUGCUAAGGAUCUUCUUCUUAAAGCUCAAAUGAGCAAUGCCACACCCUCACCAACACCCAUGACUAGUGGUAUUCGAUUAUCUGCAUACCAGGGGGAGCCAUUGGAAGAUGUUCAGUUGUAUCGGUCAGUUGUUGGUGCACUCCAAUACCUGACCAUUACAAGACCUGAACUCUCAUUUAGUGUAAACAAGGUCUGUCAAUUUAUGCAAAAGCCCUUGUCUACACAUUGGACUGCAGUUAAGCGAAUACUCAGAUAUGUUAGCGGCACAAUAGAUCACGGGUUGUAUCUGCAGAAGUCUGAGACUUUGGAUCUAGUUGCCUAUUGUGAUGCCGACUGGGCAUCAGAUCCAGAUGAUCGAAGGUCAACCACAGGUUUUGCCAUUUUCUUUGGCACAAAUCUGAUUGCUUGGAAAAGCAAAAAGCAGCAGACCAUUUCGAGGUCCAGCACUGAAGCCGAAUAUAGGAGUGCUCCAAGUGUUACAGCAGAGCUUACAUGGCUCCAAUAUUUGUUAUCUGAACUCAAGAUUCAACUCACACAACCUCCUACAAUAUGGUGUGACAACCUAAGCACUAUUAUGCUAACUCAGAAUCCUGUCUUGCAUCAAAGAACAAAACAUAUUGAGCUUGAUUUGUACUUCAUUCGUGAAAAGGUUCUCAGCAAGGUUAGUCAAAUCAAACACAUCUCUUCCUAUGAUCAGUUGGCUGAUGGGUUGACUAAAGCUAUUUCCAUUCAAAGGUUUGCUGAGUUUAGACACAAACUCAAAAUUGAAGAUCAUUCAAUUAUGAGUUUGAGGGGAGGUGUUGAAGAUAGUUGA